AUGACACCCAGACCCGGAACAACAAUUUGUGGAUCACACAAAGAGUUGUUCCAUGCGGGAAUCGAACCCAUGACACACGACGGCAACCAGAUGCCCAGCCACCGCACCAACCGUGCACAUGUGGAAGAUAGUGCCGUAUGGCUAGCAGCUCAGAGCGAGCAGGCUGCUGCCACUGCGAGCAGGGCGGGCAGGCAGCGGUGUGCGGCUGACGACGACGGAGCGGUCAGCGGAUGCUGCGGCACUUGGCACGAUCGAUUUUCCUACCUUAUCGUCGCGCGGUACGAGCGAAUGCGGGGUCGCGCGGCGAGAGUGGUCGUGCUGAGUGCGGGGACAGUGCGGCGCUCUCGUAGGGUGCGGGCGGGCUCCGUCAUCUGUGGAGGGCGGUCAUGGGCUCGCGGCGGCGGAGGCGCGUGCGAGGCGUCGCGCGGCGGGCCGGGCACUGCCCGCCCGCGCCCAGCGCGUAUUGAUCGGUGCGCGCGCAAGCCGCCGCCCUCGCACAUGAAUGGUCCCCGUGUAAAGGGCCUAAGAGCCAAGGAAUGUCGGGAAUGCAAUCAAAAACGUCUCAAUGGUGCUAAGCGAUCUAAGGAAGCGUCACACAUCAAAUCGUUCGGCACGCUGCCGACGUCGCCGCAUCCGACACCCACCGCAGCUCGCAGAUGUGAUUGA